AUUAAUCUCGGUGGAAAUGGAGGUCUAAAAAUUGAUGAUGCUGCUGUUAUCUCUGCUGUAGACACUGAUGAUCAGUCGUGGUGUCAUAACUUCACUAUGGAAGGUGUACAAGAGCCACUUCUUACUGUGGAGAGUUCAGAACUACUUGAUGUAUCACUUUGGCAAGUAGCUGGUUCUGCUCGUGUAUGUGUACAAGAUGCCAAUAUGUUAUGGUCAGAUGUUGCCCUAACCUUGGAUGGUAAUGUAAGUGAUGUUAUUGUGCUUGAAGCGAAUCCAUCGUCAAUGAAGCCAUUUCCCACACCACCACGUGUAGGACAAGAGGUACAGUUAACAUUUCAACUUGUUACAGUUCCUAAUAAAAAUGAUCUGGUGCGAGUGUCAACUGAUAUGGAGAAAGUACCAUGUGAAACUUCUACACCGGUAACAGGACUGGCAAAGGAUAUUUCCGUAAUGGUGAAUACCACAACGAAUACAUCUGUUGCUAUCCCUAAAGAUAGUACCGAUCCUCUGGAUUACCGCAGUUUUAACACAACAGGGUCAUAUAAAGUCUGUUAUUACAAUGCAGUAGAAAAAGUCUGGAGUAUUGCAGGGGGAUCAAUAACGGCAGGUACGCUCUCUAUACAACCCAUGGUACCAAGUUCGUGGAGUGUAUUAAAUAACGUGCAACCCACCUUUGCAGAGCCAUUUGUAUUAGUUUUUGAUGAUCCUUUAGGUAAUCUUAAUGCUUCAGGUGAUGUGGCGUGGGCUGUGCCAAGUACACAAUCUUGUGGAGUGGAUCGUGAAACAUGUAAGGCAUGUAUUGCUUUUCAAAUGAAUGUAGACGCAUCUACAGAUAAAAGUGUGCGUACACAGAAUAUUCUUUCUCAUAUUGUAGGUAAAUUUAAUCUUUGUUAUCAAUUAAAGGAUGCUACGGCGGCGGCGAUGUUGGAAUCAUUGGAAAUACGUGCUGGUGAUGUGGAAUGUGUUAAAGAAAAUAGCAUACGUGUUGGACAACAAACUGUCAUUACAUUUGAAAAACGCAGUGAAGUUGAUGUAACUAAUGAUAGCUGGCGUGUUUCUUUCUAUGGUACAAGUACCUCAAAUUGUAGUUCAGGUUAUGAUCCUGCUUUUCCUUUGGGUCGUGCCCAUUUACUUGGGAGUACUAAUACCACUGUACAGUAUGCUGUGGAGUGGCCAGUGUCUAUGGUGGAUAAUCGUUAUCUUUUAUGUUACACACAUAAUGGGAUAUCAAGACCUGUUUGUACGUGUGAACAAAUUAAUGCCCAAACAGGUGAAUGUUAUGUAGAAACACUUGCUGCAUCUCCACUUUAUUUUGUACCGGAUCCAAAUCCCACAUAUGUUGGUCAAAGUAUACAAUUGGAUUUUACCCUUGAUCCAGCAAUGACAGGAAAUCCUGUUACCAAAGUGAAGUUUGUUAAAUAUGUUGAUGAUCUUACGAUCUGCGCCAAUGAUGCAGCAUUCCCACUUGAAGAUGAUGAUGUUACUUCAGUGACAGCGACAUUAUAUCGUUUUACAUUUAAGCAUAACUACACUUAUGGGGCGGAAUCACUUAUUGUAUGUACGCUUUCCCCAUCGUUGUCACUGAACUACUCCCGAGUAGGUACAAUAAAUCCGAAAAACUCCAGUAAUUUAUUGACACUUCGACCUUAUAUGAAACUAACAACGUUUCCUACAAGUGCAGAUCUUCUGCGUGCGAUGCAGACAAUUAAUUUUACCUUCACACAUGCGUCAAGUGAAGAAGGUGAUGUUGUUGGAUCAGGGGAUCGUAUGGUAUUUGUACCGGAUCCAAACGCAUGUUAUGAACCAGUUAUUGAGAGCAUGUCACCAGAGAUUGAAUUAGCUCAAUUUGUACGGGAUGAUACUUCCUUUUCAACGAUUCCUGCACCUGUAUUGGAUCCAAAUAACGAAACACGUUCUUCUCAUAUUUAUGCCACCUUUAAUUCUACUACCGGGGUGGGAACAUUUUACGUUUGUUACAAACUCUUUGCUGGAACAUGGGCCCCUAUAGUGACUGCUGUUACUAUUCUUCCCGCUGGUGUAGAAAGUUGUGCUGCGACACCGCCAGUCUCUAGUCCUGGUAAUGGAGGUGAUAUCAACCCGCGAGCAAUGCAGUAUAUGCGAACAACAAUUGUAGGAACAGCUGAAACUGGAACUCAACGUGGUGAUAAUGAUGCUGUGAGUGUUGUACCACAGUCAUCUCCAUGUAUAGAUGCAGCAGCGGCUGUUUUUGUCUCUGGUGUUAAGAUUAACAGUGAAACCAAUAUUUCUCUUAUUGCCUUUACACCAUCACCUGGGAAGUAUAAGGUUUGUUAUCGUCUUGGUGGGGCACAGAGUUCAACCUCCAACUGGAGUCCAGUUUGUACAUCAUUAACUUUCUCAGAGGCUACACCUACAGGAAGUUUUACGGGUUGUCUACGACUUGGUCAGACCCUCGAUACAGCGACAACGCAUCGUAAUGGACUUCACUUUACUCUCACAGAUAGAUUCCGUUUUGUUUCUGGAACUGAUCAGUGUAUUUACGCUAAUAAUACAGAGACCGUUUCUAAUAGUAUUUUUGUUGGAGAUGCUGCACAAACGGUAGAUGGAACCCCUGUUACGAGCACUAAUACCACUUUUACGAUACCUAAUGCAUUACUUGGAACUGGAACUACUUCACUACGUCUUUGUUAUAAGGAUGCUGUUGGAAAUCAGUUUGCUGUGCCUCUUGAUCCUACACAACUUGAACUUUCAGAGUUUCCUGUUAAUUCACGUCUUCCUGCAGAAUUUAAAGGACGAAGUCAUGUAACCGCAGGACAACGUGGAAUAAUGACAUUUUUGGCAAGUUCUAGUAAAGAGGAUGGAGAAUUAGUACCAUAUAAACCCACUCCACCAAAUCCUUAUGAACCUGGAGAAGCGUAUAAUGGUAAUUUUGAUGCCGCCACUGCAAUUCUUCUUUCUUCUUCUCUUGCAUACCGUGAUGGACGCUGUUAUGUAAGUAAUCCUACUACAUAUGGAGUUUACGGUAACAGUACACAAACACUUGGUUCAUUUGAUCCUACUGCUGGUGGAUCAUAUAUAGCCUGUUAUAGACCUAAGGGUUGUAGUGUUGAGGAUGUACAAUUACCAUUUAAAGUAGGAGAUUAUAAUCCAUUAAGUUGGGGUGUUACCCCAACCCCACCACGUCGAGGACAAUUACUUGAUUUUUCCUUUCUACGUAAUACUGUUGAUCCAGAAGCACUUCCGUUAACACCGGGUAAAGAUCAUGCUACAGCUCAGGUAGACUUAAACUCUUGCUGGAGUUUACCUAUAGAUGCUGGUGAAGUUGUUGGUGGUACAACAAGUCGUGCAACAUUAGACAAUAUAAUAUUUCCUGCGCAAAGUCCCAAUACUUCUAAACUGUCUCCAUAUAGAGUUUGUUAUUUCUUAACGGAAGAAUCAUGGGGAGAUAUACCAAGUGGUCGUAGUUCAAUCCUUCCAGCAAAUCCUACUCAAUUUACUGUACUUAAUGAUCGAGCUCGAGUGUCGCAAAUUAAUUAUAUUCAAUUUCAAGGUAGCUCACUUGGUGCUGAUGAUCGUGUAAAGAUUAUCGAGAAAUCCAAUUCCUGUACUGAUAGCUCAGUCCCACCAAAUGAUAUGGUAUCACAUGUAGCUGGUAGUGGAGAUACGAUUCCAGGUACAUCAGAUGGUUGGAGUAUAACAAAUGCAACAAGUACAAAUACUAUUUUAAAUAUAAGUACUUCUACUGAAGGAACAUAUAGUGUUUGUUAUCGACUUAAAACAGAUACUGUAUGGACAUUAGUAUAUGGAGAUCUUAUUAUUUACGAACGUGAUCCUUCGGGAUUGGCAUUAGUACCUCUAAACCCAUUGGAAGGUCAACUCUUUACAUUAAAUUUUACAUCAAAAGAAGAGUUAUCUGGUAUGUCAGGAGAUGAUCGUAUCGCAUUAUAUACAGGUAUGAUGUCGUGUCUCGCACCAGACCCUGAUGCGGAUGUUAUUAUUACUUCUCCUUCACGUAUAGAUCUCUUACCGUUGAGUUUACCUUUUCAACUUGCUGUAGGAGAACGUGGUAAUCAUACUCUUUGUUAUUGGAAACCUAACUCCAUAGUCUGGGGAUUUCCUAUAAUUGUCAUUGCUCCUAAUCCAUCAAAUUAUACUACUUGGCCUGCUAUGGGAGUAUUACGUGCAAAUCAAUUGAUUAGUUUAAUAUUUGAAGGUUUUGGACUUAUAUCAAAGAAUGAAAAUAAAACGGAUAAAGUAAAACUUAUCCCUUCAACAAAUACGCAGUCAGAUGGAAUGUGUCAAACAGUAGAAUCUUCACCAAAUAUUUUCUAUUACUCUCCAUUAAAUGCAAAUGGUACAAAUGCUGUACAAGUUAUUCGUUCUAAUGUAGUGGGAUCUUAUUGGUUAUGUUAUAAACUAAGUGGUGGACAAUAUCAUGUAUUUCCUGGAGAAGCUAUAAUGAUGAGUACUGCUGAUCCAUCAGGUGCGGUAUCAUCUAAAGGAGAUAGUAUUUGGAAUGGUGAAAGUAUAAACUGGACUAUUCAAUCAUUAUCUCCAUCAGUAGAUGGAGCUUUUGUAUUUUAUAGUUUAGAAAAAUGUAAUGAUAUCCCAUAUUAUGUUAUCCCUAAACCUACAAUGGAAGAAUUCCCACAAGGUGUGGCUAUGGUUCAAAAUGGAUAUUCCAACCUUCGUGCAGCUCCCUUAAUAGCAAAUGGUACAAUACUAUCUAUAUGUUAUUAUGCAACGGGAAUUACUACUAUGUUAAAGGAAAAUGCGGUACAAGUUAUGACAGGAAUUCCACCCGUGUUAGAAACUCCACUCUCUGUAAAGGCAUUAGAAAUAUUUCAAUUUAAUCUUAGUGUAACUCCUGUUGAAAAUGAUUAUCUUGUACUUUUAGCAGAUCCAAAUAAAUGUGUAGGUCAAAUUGCUCCUUCUCCUACAAGUGAUGCAUUUAUUAUAAUGGAAACGGAGAAUUCUAAUACUAUUACUACAACCGCUCUUAAAGGAUCAGGAACAUUUUAUAUUUGUUACUCUCAUAGAAUAGACCGUUGUGCUGCUAGUAAUUCGCAAGAAUGUGCUCGUAUAGUUGGAGAAGUCAUAGCAUCUGAACCAAAUCCUUCUGGAUGGUCUAUGAGUCCUGUUACUGUUUAUACAUCAGAUCUUGCAGAGAUAACACUUUCUCGUCCAUCUGGUACUACUACAGAUGAUAUAGAUGCUGGUCUUUGGUUAACAUCUAUUCCUGUUUUAGAUCCAACUAUGAGUCUUGUUGCAACGGCAUGUAUGCAACCUAUUUCUACGGAAGGAAAUAUAUUACUUGAACGUGAUGAAAAUAAUAAAGAUCUUUGGAAGGUUCGAUUAAAUAGUACCGGAAGUUAUGGUCUUUGUUAUAAAACGAAAGAGGCAUUAAUGCCAACUAUUUUUCCUCAUAUAGAACAUGCAGGAUUAGUAGUUUACUUAACAAAUGUAAGUUCCGUUACAUUUGCAGAACCACCAACAGUUGGUCCAAAUACUUUAAUUGUUUUACAAGGUCGUGGUCUAUCUCAAGGUGAUAAACUUGUAGCUGUUGGUGUUCCUACUGCUGCUACAGAACUUCCAAGUGAUAUAUGCAGUAAUGAUUCUUAUACACCACGUGUUCCGGCAGCGAACUCUACAGAAGGUUAUGGUCUUAGUUCUAUGGUACGAAUAAUAAAAUUUGAGGUAACAAAGAAGUAUGUUUUGUGUUUUCAAGCAGCAGCUUCAUCAGGACCUAUGGUACUUAUUACUUCUUCUCCAUUUGAGGUUAAUCCUAGAGUGUUAAGUGUUCGAUUGGUAUCUGUUGCCUUAAAUAAUACACCACUUGUAUUAGAAUUUAGAGGUAGUGGAUUAAGUAUAACAGAUUUAGCAGCAUUAGUAUAUCUUGAAGAUGAGGGUGGUAGUAAUAAUAAUAAUCCUGAUAUUUGCACAACAGCAUCUUAUACAGAAAUGACGAGUACGAAUGUUGAUGGUACUGUAAGUCUUUAUACAACUACACCAACACGAGUAGGAAAACAUGGUAUUUGUUUUAAACAAGCAAAUACUGUUACUCCUACUCAUUUACCAGAUGAAGUAGAUGUGGGAGUGCGAAAUGCUACUGGAGCUAUUUUUAAUACUUUACCAAUCUGUUCUGCAUUAACUGCAUGUUCACCUCAACCUGUAGUUUCUCUUGUUGAUGCCUCAGGAAGUGUAACGUCUGAUCCAUUAGCUACAGUUGUAAUGCGACUUAAAACUGUGGAUGGGACUUUUGUAGAUGAACGUCUCUCUGGUAGUAAUAUAUAUGAACAGAAGGAUUACAGUGUAUUUUACUUUUUAGCACUUACUGUAUCUACUGUAGGAGAAUAUAUUAUGGAAGCUCAAUUUACUUUACUUGGAGGAGUAGAAAUUGUGGCUCAAUCAUCCCGUUUCACGGUAACCGAUACGGGUAGUGGAGAAAUGGAAAUGUCUGCUGUAACAUGUGAACCUGUUGGAAUUAUUGAUCGUCCAGUUUCUAAUUCUGCUAAUACGGCAAAUAAUAUAACAUGUGUUAUUCAGACAAAAUCACCUUCAGCCCCAAGUGCAUAUAAUGUUCAAUUAAAUGCAGGAAUAAGUACUCCUGUGGUACCUGGAGGUAAUAGUAGUGGAUAUCCGCAAUACUUAUUUACUGUUAUUCCUCCAUUUGAUCAAUUAACUAUUCAAUUUGUUUCUAUUGUGGUAACUGCAGCACCACCUUUUCAAAGUUGGCCAGUAACAAAUUCUCCUGUUAUUGUUCGUAUUGGAUCUCAACCAGGACCUCAAAGUAGACUUUCUUGUGAAUCUACUUCAUUAAAUCUUCCAUCACCAUCUAUGGUACGAGUAGCGGAUCAUUUAAUUUGUCAUGCACAAGGUAGACGUAUAAUUAAUGGUAUGGUAUGGGAUAUUAUUGCAUCACCUCAGUAUAUGCAUAUUAUUCGUCUUUUAAAUGAUGAUUAUGCAUCAUCUCAAGUAAUAGAUAUUGGUAAUUACCCAGAAAGUUUAAAUGGUGAUUAUGUAUUUAAUGUGACAUUACCAGGACAACCUCUUAAUGUCUCUAUACUAGGAUCGGUAUCAUCAGAUGAAACAGGUAAUAUAAAUAUUCCAAUGCAAGGAAGUCCAUCCAUAUUUACAGUAAUAGAUGAACCACAAGAAGCUAGUUCCAGUAUUUUAUGUCAAUCUGUAAAUACCAUGUCUAGUUUAUGGUUUGUCCCUGUUGAGCCUUUUACAUGUAUAUUAUCUUUGGGUGCUGAUGGUCAUCCAGUAAAUGGUUUACCGCAGGAUUUUAGUGUAACCAUGAAUGCAGGAGGUAGUGUUCAACCUAUUCAAAAUAAUACAUGGGGUACGAAACUUAAUAUCUCUGCUGCUGCACCUCCUAUAUUAAAUCCAAGUAGUAAUAGUAAUAGUAUAAGUAGAAGUAGUCUUCUUCGUACAACAAAUGGUCAGGUAUUUGAUUUAAGUGUAACGUAUGUACCACUUAAUAGACCUAUUGCCGCUACUACUGGAACACUUAUAUAUGUUACUUCAAUAGAGAAUGUGAAUUCGAAAAAUGAUCGUGUAACACUUUUGUUAGUUGGAUCUGGAUUAAGUCCUCAGAAUAAGUAUGGAGUGCGUUCAUCCACAGAUUGUGCAUCUGGGGUUUCUAUUGAAGCAGUGGCUACUCCCGUUGGUAGUUCCUAUGAUAGAGUGGAAUUAAGUUUCGCCUCACCUGAUGGAUCAUACUUUUUCUGUUUUGCUCCCAGUGAUCAACCAUCACGUUGGCAUCUUCUUAGCAGUGAAAUAAUGAACCAAACUGUUUCUAGCGGUGGUGUAGAUAAAUGGGUGGCGUUAUUUAUUGUAAGUGUCAUACUUCUCUUUAUACUAUUUGUGUUGUUGAUUUUGUUACUCUGGCGUGUUUGUAUGUACAAACGUCGUAACACGACAUCUCAACCAGAAAUGCGACAACUGUAUGUACGACCUCCAGCAAAUAAUCGCUUUAUUCGACGCUCUGAACAACAACCACAAUCACAACAAACACAACAAUCACAACAAACACAACCACAACCACAACAACAAACAGAAGUACAACAGCAAUUGGUGGAAGUACCAAGUAAAGGGAAUAAGAGUCGGGUUCGGGUUAAUAUUCAUGAUCGCUCCCGUUAUGGUACUGAACUUGAUGUGGAUGUAAAUGGAGAAAGGAAUCAAAUGACCUUAACCACUGCCGCAGUCUCUAAUCAUUAUCAAGGUAAAACAACUAAUAACAAAAGGAAUAUAUAUAGUGAUGCGGAGAGUAGUAGUAGUAGUGGAGCAGAGGAUAUGCCACGAUAUAUCCCUCCUGUACCACCACCAGUACCACCAAGAGAUGAUAUUCCCGGAGUCAUUGGUGGUGUUGAGAAUGGUGUAGAGAAUGCACAUCUCACACGUGCAAGUAAUAAUGGUUAUAAAGAUAAGAAGAAGGAAUCACCUCCACCUUCUGGUCCAUAUCAGUAUUUACAUCACAAACUGAGAGAGGCUGUUAGGCAUGAACGUGAAGAUGGGGAAGGACCACAACAACCACAACGACAUCCAUUCAUGAUUCCCUCAUCUGGUACACUUCAACCUCCUUCACUGCCUUCGUUAGCCUCAAACUCACCAUCGCAACCUCCACUGGUUCUCUCAUCCGCCCCACCACCAGCUUCUCUUACGCCGGAAACAGAGAAUGAAGAACCGCCAUCGUGGGUGGGACCAUUUGUGGUAAGGGGACAUACCUCAAGGCCGAUGGUAAGUUCGAAGCCAACCUCAUCUAAUAGCACAAGUAAAAGAGGAGGAAAGAAAAAGAGAUAG